CACAAAUGGGGAGAAUGCACGUCUUAAGUAACUUUUGCGUUUACCGAUUAAUACUUACGGAUAUUUGGAGAAAAGUGCAGUAACACAAGUAGCAAACCCCUCGUUUCGCUUUGGUUGAUAGUCAGCUGAGCGAAGCCACUUCGACCGACCCUUGACGGACGAGAGGAAGCCAAGGGCCCGAGCGGCGCAGUCGUGGUUGGACUCCUGUCGAGGAAGCACUUACACGCCCGCUAAGAAGAUCAAGGAUGAAGCUUGCCAGCGGCCACGAGGUGACUCCCCUGGAGGGCGAGGAGCUGGCGAGGCAGGAGAGGGACUGGACCGGAUAUACCGAAGGCAUGGUCCGUCUUCACCCCGGGAGCUGGGUCUUUCCGGCGCCCUUCACAGAUUACGCAGAUAGGAUUUACAACUUCGAGGUGAAGCCGAGUGACGUCAUGGUUGUGACUUGGCCCAAGUGUGGCACUACCUGGGUUCAGGAGGUCGUGUGGACCAUGAGGAAUAACCCGAACCUCGACCAUCCUCAGGCGGCACUGCCCGUAAAUGCCCGCGUGCCUUUCCUUGAGUUUGACAUGUUGAUGCGUUCCAAGAAACUGACCCCCCCUGGCCCCGACCAUCCCAUCAUGCAAGGCUUCAACAAGCUGUGUCCAGGGAAGAACCCCGCCGACGGCAUCUUCGUGCAGAUCGGCGAGGCCACGCCCGCGCCCCGGACGCUUAAGUCCCACCUCCCGCUGUCUCUCCUGCCGCCCGCCCUGGUGAACGUUGGCAAGGUGGUUUACGUGGCAAGGAACCCAAAGGACGUAGUGGUGUCUUUCUGUCAUCACUCAAGAAUUUUCAAGAACCAUAAUUACGUUGGAAGUUUUGAGGACUUUGUUAAAUAUUUUAUCGACGGGGACUUGGUGUAUGGCCCUUAUUGGCAGCACGUGAAGGAAGCCUGGGAGAAGAAAGACAAUCCAAAUGUACACUUCCUCUUCUACGAGGAUUUGAAGGAAAACAACAUUGAAGAAUUAAAAAGGCUAGACGAUUUCCUUGGCACUAAACUCACCCAAGAACAGCUGAACAAUGUGGCUCGCCACACGAGCUUCCCUCAGAUGAAGGCUCGCGAUUCCGUCCUCGGAGGCGGCGACAUGGAGGCUGUCUUCAACAUGGAAAUCGUCAACAAGGACGGCGGCUUCUUCAGGAAGGGUGAAGUGGGAGACUGGAAGGGGAAGUACACCCCCGAGCUGGAGGCCAAGAUGGACGACUGGAUCAAGACGCGCCUCUCGGACUUGGGCAUCGGCUUCAAAUACACAUUGUGAGGCGGAGGCACAGGAGGCGAUCUGCCCCGUGGCUUUGUUUUCAGCGCUUUAACUAUUUCAAAAUUGGGAUUAUACUGUACUGAUUUUUUAUACUGAAUGGUAUUGCAAUUAUAGGUGUUCCUGCACAUUUUAAAUGUUACAUAAUUUUUAUUUUCAUUUAUAAACGUGAACAAUAUCACGGUAGAAUGGUAAAAUAAACGUUGAACUCA